AUGCAACACAUCAAUGCAUCAGGCCUAACCCCUGUUGGCGGGAAUGGCUCGGAAAAGCCCCUCAAGAGCUCGUCAGCACCUUCCGUUUUGUCGAGCGAGGAGAAUGUUUUCACUCGGCCGGUUCUAAGAUCCAUUUCAAACAUGUCUGUUUUAGAUAUGAAAGCCAUGCCAGGCUCGAUCCGUCAAUCUAAAGACAAAUCUGGCAUUCGAUAUUUAUCGAGUGACUCUUCUAAACGGAAGGGCAAGUCGACCCUAAUGCUUCAUCCCAUCGACAACGUUGUUAUGCCUACAAAACUUGAUUGUAAGUCUCCUCAGACACCUCUUUCAAAAUAUUUGAGCAAAAGGGUGACGUCCAUCAAUCGCUCGCCACUUUCAGAUACCUACUUAAACUUACACAAUGAAAGCCUGCAUGGAGAUUUAGACAAAAAGCUGUUUGGAGCAGCUUGUCUCCAAAAGCAAUUGGCAAGUUUAUCCUCCAACGCCUUAGAUUUGUCCAACUCAUUUGGAACUAAAUAUGAGCGUUCCGAUCUUCCGAUCCUCCCUACCUGUUGUCCCUCUUCAUCGGACAUCGACAGCCUAUUUUCACUGCUAGGCUCCAAAAGCUCACUCAUACAAAACCUGACAGAGCUAAACUUGUCUAAUGUGCAUUUUUCUGUACGAAAUGUGGCCAUGUUGAACUCUUUGACACACUUAACAAAUCUCAACCUCACCAACACUAAUUUAACUGACAAACAUUUGGAGGCUUUAAGCAACAUGUCGAACGGCUUUUUAGCGUCCAUUUCACGCUUGAACUUUGAUGGAAACCUGCUAAUAUCGGAUUCUUCUUUCCAGAGUAUAAAAAAGUUUCCAAAUUUAACAGAGCUAAACCUAGACAACACAUCUAUAACAUUCGAGGGCCUACUUGGCUAUGCGAAAAGCAUGUGUAACACUCUUCGGUCAUUUAAAACCCUAAAGUUUCCCUCAAAAAUAUCAUCUGAAAUAAUUGCAAGAAAAGCCUCUCUUAUCGGCAUCUCUAGCUACUAUGGAGAUUUGGACCCUCAGAAUAUUCUUUUACUCGACCAAUCCUCUAUCGAUCAAGUAGAAGACAAGUCCAUAUUGCUGCACCAGCUGAGGCUGCUUUCAACAACAGAAUCCAAGGCCUUGUACUCAAACUUGAUGAGUGUUUCCGAACUUCAGGCAAUCAUCAAAAAUCGAUUGGAGGAUUUUUGGCUUCAACUUUUGCUAAUAAAAUUAGAAAAUUAA